AUGAAAUUUCCAUUUGUGCUGUGCUUACGGCCGGUGGAUGAGAUUCGCAGCAAGUUCGCGGCGUACAAGACCAAGAAGUUCGAACACAUUCAAGACCAGUUGGGACUUCUGAAUAAGACUGAUAUCUACGACAUCUACGCCGCAGCAGAGCCGGACACGACUCUGACGAAGAUUGGAGUGCUAAACAUGCGCACUCCGUUCGUCAAAACCAAGUUCGGAGACACGAAGCUCUUCUUCCGUCAUGAUUGGUUCGAGAACGAUUUGAUGCGUCGUCCAGAUUGGGCGCCAGUGGUCGAUGACGAAGACUUCUGGCUCAAGGAGGGUGCGAAUCGUCGGUUGAGUGAUGUGGAUCCAGGACCGGCAGACGACAGUUUGGAGCAAAAUGCCUGGGUUGGCGGCUACAACCCAACAAGCGUCAAUGACAUGGUCAACGACGCCAAAAAGGGUGGAGAAGGAUCACUUCUCCAAACCAAUGCCCGCCCGCGCUGUCCCAUGGCCUACCUGCACCAAGGUGACAACAGCUUCGUGCAGACGCUGCUGUCCAGGUAG